AAGAGAGAUCUGAGAGGAAGAAGUGGGUUCACAACAAAAUAGCUUAAAAAUUGUCUACUUUGUUUUCUGCCUUACUGUUGGCUGCAGAAAUUUAACUAUUACUUCAUUCGAUCAUAUUUAGCAGUGACUGCUGUUGUGUUCAGCAUGGCAGGUCAACAUUACUGCCUUCGCUGGAACAACUAUCAGUCAAAUAUGACAUCGGUAUUCCAUCAGCUGUUGCGAAAUGAGGCAUUUGUUGAUGUUACUCUUGCUUGCAAUGAUUCAUCUCUGAAAGCACAUAAGGUUGUCCUUUCGGCAUGCUCAUCAUAUUUUCAGAAGUUGCUGAUGGAGAACCCAUGCAAGCAUCCCACAAUUAUUAUGCCUCAAGAUGUAUGCUUUAGUGAUCUCAAAUUUAUUAUUGAAUUUGUGUAUCGCGGAGAAAUUGAUGUCUCACAAGCAGAGCUGCAGUCUUUAUUGAAAACAGCUGACCAACUAAAAAUCAAAGGACUUUGUGAAGUACCAGAUGGAAAAGAGGGUCCUGUGACCCCAAUGCCUAUUCUUUCUCGACGCUCUUUCACCAAAUUACGACGUCUCACAGGCAUAAAAAGACAGCGCCAACCUGAACCUCUGCGUCGCAAUAUCUUCAAAGAAUUUAUCGAUCAGCAGCAUCAACAACCUCAGCAGCACCCGCAUCAACACCCACAUCCACACCAGCAACAACUUCUGCAGCCUCAACAGCAACAGCAGCAGCAACAGCAAAUCCACAUUCACCAGCAGCCUCAACACCAGCAUUUACAGCCAAACCCAAUGGCAAUCCAGCAUCAGCUCCACCAUCAGCAUCAACAGCAAAUGGAAAUGACUGAAUUGGGUGCCAACAGACCUCCCAUGGGACCAGAAUGUGUCACUGUUGCAACAUCUACUGAAGAUGAUCAUGAAAAUUUACCUGUUGUGGUGCUUGAGAGUCGUAUUCCACAGCAGCAUCAGAUGAUGCACAGUAAUGCACCUACUCCUGUGAUGACACCACACGGAAUGCAGCCACAGCCAACGCAACAGAUGGUUAUGGAUGGAACGCCACACAGCUCUGGAAGUGGUCCAACAGAUGUUGAUAUCCCUCCAGAGGCCCAGCCACCUGCCCCUUCUGCAACUCUUGUGGAGAAUAUGGAUAUGCAUGAGUGCACAGCUCAUGACCGAGAAAGUUCUGGCGUUGGUUGUGAUGAACAAGGAAAUGUGAAAGUGAAGUUUGAAACUCUCCGUGCUAUGGAGCAGGCUGAUACAAUAGAUAUUGAUAGCCACAUGUCAGAGCGGAAUGUGGGAGAGGAGGAUCACACAAUGCACACAAUGAUGAUUACUCCAGAGCUUCUAGGCCUCAUACCGUCCUCAUCAGGACAUUCUGAUCUGAGUGGGGAUGCUGUGAAAGGAAGCCCCAAAAGUUGGAGCCAGGAGAGCCUUGAUAUAACAGAUGUCAGCCACCAUGAGGUUACGAAAACAGGACCAAAGUCUUGGACACAGGAAGAUAUGGAACUUGCUUUGGAUGCGCUUCGUAAUCAUAGCAUGAGUUUGACCAAAGCAUCUGCAACAUAUGGAAUUCCAUCCACUACACUGUGGCAACGUGCCCAUCGGUUAGGCAUUGACACUCCCAAGAAAGAGGGACCUAGUAAAAGCUGGACUGAGGACAGCCUGAAUAGUGCACUUGAAGCCCUAAGGACUGGCAGUAUUUCAGCGAACAAAGCAAGCAAAGCAUACGGUAUACCAAGUAGUACACUGUAUAAAAUAGCAAGACGUGAAGGUAUCAGACUAGCUGCUCCCUUCAAUGCUGCACCAACGACGUGGAGUCCUGAUGACUUGGAACGUGCCCUGGAAUCUAUAAGGUCUGGAGCAUCAUCAGUGCAACGGGCCUCCACAGAGUUUGGUAUUCCAACCGGCACAUUGUACGGACGUUGCAAGCGUGAAGGCAUUGAAUUAUCACGAAGCAAUCCAACUCCUUGGUCAGAGGAUGCCAUGGGAGAGGCUUUAGAGGCAGUGAGAAUUGGCCAAAUGAGCAUUAACCAAGCUGCUAUUCAUUACAACCUUCCCUAUUCUUCUCUGUAUGGUAGGUUCAAACGGUGUAAAUAUGAAGCAGAAGGUCAUCAAGAAGUGGUUGCAUCUCCCCCACCUCCACAAAUAAUGGUAGUCCCAUACCAGCAGCCACCACCUCCUCCACCACCACCUCCACCUGCACCACAACAUACUCCACAGCAUAUGCAACAGCAUCACUCUCCACAACAACAACAACAACAACAACAGCAGCAGCAGCAGCAACAACAACAGCAGCAGCAACCUCAGCAGCAACAGCAACCUUAUUUCGACUUCUGCCUUUACGACAGUGUUUUUAAUGUGAGCACUGUGUAG